ACUCCUCCUCCUCCUCCUCAUCCUCCUCCUGCCGCCGCUGCUGCUCUCCGGUACCGGCGGGCGCGGGGCGACAUGAGCACGUGCUCCGUCUCCAAGGGCUGCUUUGUUUUUAAACCAAGUACCAAGAAGAGAAGAUUGUCUGAUAAAACAGCUCAUGAUUUCAGAUGCACAAGCAAUGAGUCAGAGGACACUGAGCUACGCUUUGUCACCUGUCAGUCUUUAUGGAACCAGAUCAAAUCUGAAACAGAGCAAAUACAGGAAAACUUGAAUAAGCAGUUGCUUGAUAAUCUGGUGAGUUUUUUGAGCCGGUCUCAUUCUGACUUUCAAGAGAAGACAACAGAAUGGACUUGCAGGAUGAAGUUCAGAGAAAUCCCUACUGCAGCUCUUGUCUUAGGUGUGAAUGUUACAGAUCAUGACUUGACUUUCAGAGGUCUCUCAGAUGUCCUUCAGGAUAACAUUACUCCUUAUGUAGCCUUGCUGGAAGCCAAAGAUUGCCCAGGUAUAAAAAAUCUGAUGCAGAAGCUGAUGGGGCAGCUGAUGAAGUGUGAUAUAGAUGUGGACUCACUGGAAGAUGAGGACUGUGUGCAGGUUUCACAGAGUAGAAUACGUUGUUCAAUGCCUUCUUUUAUCAGCUGGUAUGACAGUGUAACAAAGAAAACAAAUUCUGAAACUCCAAGCAAAAAAAGAAAUUCCUCCUCUAGACACUGGCAGUCUCCUCCAGUUGUAGUCAUAUUCAAAGACAUGGAAAGUUUCACCACAAAAGUUCUUCAAGACUUCAUAGUCAUCAGCAGUCAGCAUAUCCAUGAAUUACCUCUAGUGCUGAUUUUUGGAAUUGCUACAUCACCAAUGAUUAUCCACAGGCUACUUCCUCACUCAGUGUCCUCUCUGCUGUGCAUAGAGCUUUUCCAGUCCCUUUCCUGUAAGGAGCACCUGUCUACUAUAAUUGACAAGCUGCUUCUGACAUCCCAGUUUCCAUUUAAACUGGGAGAAAAAGUUCUGCAGGUUCUCAUCAACAUAUUCCUGUACCAUGAUUUUUCUGUCCAGAAUUUUAUCAAAGGAUUUCAGCUCUGUAUUGUGGAGCACUUCUAUUCCCAGCCUCUCAGUGUACUGUGUUGCCACCUGGCAGACAUUAAGAAGAGAGUUUAUUCUUUGUCACAUGAUCAGUGUGAAAACAUUCGAAGACUGCCCUCUUUCAGAAGGUAUGUGGAAAGGCAAGAGUCAGGGAAACAGAUUGAACUGCUGACAAACGACAGCUUCUUAAAGGAAGAAACAGAGAAGUUGCUGGAGGACUUACAUGUUUACCACGAAAAUUAUGUUCAAAUUCUGAGAUGUCUUCAUGUUUUCACAUCUUCUCUUCCGAAGUAUCCUUUGGGCAAGCAGAUCAGGGAGUUGCACUGUGCUUGUUUGGAAAACCGAGUGUGGGAGACAGAGGAGUAUGAGUCAUCUCUUCAACUAGCAAGGAUGCUGAAUAAGACUGAUUUGGUAACCAUGCUCCAACAAUGUGUGGAAAUUUUGAUGUCAUCUUCUGGAAAGGAGUUUGAUAGUGCAGUAGAAAAGUUGAAGGAGUUCCUGACCCAGUUUCAGAAUCUAGAAGUAGCAGAAGCUUCCCAAGAACGAGAUGUGUCUGUAUCGCCACAAAAGGAGCUCCAGAAGAAGACAGACCUUUAUCACCUUCAGAAGACUUUGUUGGAGUUGAAGGAAUCAAGGAGGUCUAAGAAACUGACAAAGUUUGAAAUGCUUCGUUUUGAAGUUGUUGACUAUAUAGACAGUCUUGUAAGAAGAUACCUUGUUCCUGCCGACGAGAGGACCCUGCACGAGAUCGUGUACUUCAGCGGCGCCGCCGUUCUGCGCGGGCACCUGAACGCGGCGCCCAGGACGGCGCUGCACACGGCGCUCAACAGCCCCCACUGGUACCUCAAGAACCAAGCUCUGAGAUGUGAUGGAGGAGGCAUUUCUAACAAAGCCCCUGACAUAUGCAUAGUGUAUAAGCUUCAUUUGGAAUGUGGCAGAUUGAUCAAUCUCGUGGAUUGGUUAGAGGCUUUCUCAACUGUGGUGAUGGCAGCUGAGGAACCAAAUGCAGAUGCAGCUUCCUCAGACCAGGUGGAUGAUGUUAUCCAUGCUCGCUUUAUUCGAGCCGUUUCAGAGCUGGAGCUCCUGGGCUUCAUAAAGCCCAGCAAGCAGAAAACUGACCACGUGGCAAGGCUGACAUGGGGAGGCUGUUAAUGUGCCACCAAGGUGCUAAUAAACCUUCCCAACAGAGCCCAAGGGCUCUGUUCCCACCACUCUACUUACUUCUUCCUAACUUUGCAUACUGAGUCAAAGUCAGCAGUGCCUGAGUGUUGUGAGAUACAUUCUGAGUGCCUGGGCAGGCUUGAAUAGAGAUUAUUUUUAAUGCUCAUCUUCCCUGUGUAAUGUUCUGUUGUAUUAAUGCUCAUGUUCCAAUUACUGUAUUGCUGUGCCAGUUUCAGUCUUCUUUGAUGUGUGAUAUUUAACAGUCCACUGAUACAACUCAGGCUAGCAAGCCAAAAGGACAACACUGGCUGUGUCAGACAGUGAUGAAGCAGUAUUAUUAACAUCCUUAUAAGCUGAUAGGAUUUGAGUCAUUAUUAUAAAAUGCCUCCUCGAUCCUUGAACUCAAUUUAAAAAUAAAUAAAACAAGUAUGCUAAAGAA